AUGACGGUGUCGGCGCAGGACAUGACGUUAGCAGGGAACGGGUAUCAGGGCACAAACGGGGGUUUGCUGUAUAUCUCUCCGGGGGGGACCUUCAACGGCACCAAUCUGCAGUUCGAUUCGGGGAGCGCUACUAACGGCGGAGCCGUUUACAACGACGGCGGGACCUUCAACUGCACCAACUGCUACUUCCAGUACAACACGGCAGACCAGAGCGGGGGCGCCCUCUACCAAUCCAGCGGAAUCACGAACUGCAUCAGUUGCAGCUUCGUCUCGAACUCAGCGGUGAGUGGCGCCGGAGGGGCGGCCUUUAUUGCCGGCGGUACUUAUAACGACCCGGGCAGUAUCUACGAGGGCAACACGGCUGCACCUGGGCAGCAGCAGGACGUGGCUUACGGUAUCACGCCUGGACCUCCCACCCCUGCCCCGGUCGCAACGACUGCUGCCCCGGUCCCUACCACACCGGCCCCGGUUCCUGUUACCCCGACCCCGUUUCCUACCACACCUGCCCCGGAUCCUGUUACCCCGACCCCGGUCCCCACGACGGCCGUCCCGCUCUCCCCCGGUGGGUACCACCCCUGCUCCGGUUGGAACCACCCCUGCCCCGGGUGGUUCUACUCUACCACCCGUAACCCCUUCGCCGAUUGGUACCACCCCUGCCCCGGUUGGUACCACCCCUGCUCCGGGCGGUUCCACUCUCCCCCCGGUUGCCACGUCUCCAGCCCCGGUUGGCACGACUCCUUCCCCGGUCCGUACUACCGGUGCUCCAGCAGUUCCAACCUCUGCUCCAACCGGACCAACCGCUACCCCGAGUCCAACCUCCCCUGUCGGCUCGACUCCCCUCCCGGUCAUCCCGACGUCAUCCUCGGGGAGUUCUACCGCUGGUCCGGGUUCGCCGACCCGAACCCCGGGUUUGCCGACGCUAGCCCCAGGGUUACCUACCCUAACCCCAGGUUUGCCAACCCUAACGCCGGGCACACCAGUCGGUGCCCCGGGUCCCCCAACUUUCGCACCCACCAAUGCUCCAGGAUCGCCGACAUCAGCCCCGGGUUCCCCAACUCUAACCCCGGGUUCGCCGACCCUUUCCCCAAUGGGCUCAACGGCUGCCCCCAGCACGUUAACCAGUGUCCCUUUCGGCCCGACAACUGCGCCAGUAACCCCGACUUUAACCCCGGCUGGAACCCCCGCUCCGCAAGGUACUAA